AUGAAGAACUUAUGGAGCGAAGAGCUGGAGGACAGGGCCAUUGUGCGCAUCGCGGCCCACCUGCCCGACCUCAUUGUCUAUGGCAACUUCUUGCCCGGAGAGCCAUCGGUGGAUUAUUUCCAUGGUGUCCUAAUGUUCGUGGACAUUUCAGGGUUCACAGCUAUGACAGAGAAGUUCAGCACAGCCAUGUAUGUAGACCGGGGUGCUGAGCAGCUGGUCAAGAUUCUGAAUCACUACAUGAGCGCCAUGGUGGAAAAAAUAUUGCUUUUCGGAGGAGACAUCUUAAAAUUUGCAGGGGACGCACUACUUGCCCUGUGGAAGGUGGAGCCCGGGCAGCUGAAGAACAUUAUCACCAUCGUGGUCAAGUGCAGCCUGGAGAUCAACGGGCUGUUUGAGGCCCAGGAGUCUGAGGAAGGCCUGGACAUCCGGGUCAAGAUGGGGCUGGCUGCAGGCCAUAUCACCCAGCUAGUGUUUGGGGAUGAAAACCGAAGUCACUUCCUGGUCCUUGGCCAGGCAGUGGACGAAGUGCGGCUGGCCCAGAACAUGGCCCAGGUGAAUGACAUCAUCCUGUCACCCCAAUGCUGGCAGAUCUGUGACAGAACCAUGAUCGAGAUCGAGCAGAUCCUGUGCAAGCAGGCUGUGAAGGUCAAGUUAUUAAAAUCACCUCCUAAUUUUAAGUUUGAUGAGUUUUUCACCAAGUGUAUGACAUUCAUGGACUAUUUUCCUUCUGACAACCAAAAAAAUCUGCUGAGGCUGGCAUGCACGCUGGAAUCGAACCCCAUGCUCGAGCUGUCCCUGCAGAAGUACGUCAUGCAAAGCAUACUAAAGCAGAUCAAGGACAAGCAAAUGGACAGGUACCUGUCAGAGCUGCGUCCCGUCACCAUCGUCUUUGUGAACCUGAUUUUCAAAGACCAUCACAAUGUGGAAGUGAUCAGUGAGGCCAUCCAGGAUGCAUGUGUGCACAUCAACUCGGCGCUCAGGAUCUUUCAUGGCCAGAUCAACAAGGUCUUCAUGUUCGACAAGGGAUGCUCCUUCCUCUGUGUUUUUGGGUUCCCCGGGGAAAAGGUCCCCAAUGAGCGCUCUAAUGCCUUGGAAAGUGCCGUGAACAUAUUUGACUUCUGCUCCCAGGACCACAAGAUCCACACCGUGUCCAUCGGCGUGACCAGUGGCACUGUCUUCUGCGGGAUCAUCGGUCACUCGGUUCGACAUGAGUACACAGUGAUUGGUCAGAAAGUCAACAUUGCAGCCAGGUUGAUGAUGUACUAUCCAGGGAUAGUGUCCUGCGACUCUGUCACCUACAGUAGCAGUAAGCUGCCAGCCUAUUUUUUCAAGGAGCUUCCAAAGAAAGACAUGAAGGGUGUGGCUGACCCUGGGCCAGUCUACCAGUGUUUGGGCCUCUCUGAGAAAGUCUUGUUUAACAUGGCUUACCUCAUCUGCAACAGAAGUAAACGUUACCCUCUCCUGGGACGUGAUGAGGAGAUCAGCUGCUUUAUGUGCUUGAUGAAGGAAUUUCUCAUGUUCAGGAAAAGCCGCAUUCUCAUGUUUGAGGGUGAGCCCGGGUUUGGGAAAAGUCAGCUUCUCAUGGAAAUUCAAUACUUGGCCCAAGGUGAAAACCACAGGACGGUGGCCAUCGGCCUGACCAAGGUGAGCAUGGUGCAGGACUUCUACACCAUCCAGAUCCUCCUGGCCAAUGUGCUGGGCCUGGACCACUGCAUACAUUACAAGGAGCGCCAGAGCUGCCUGGAAGGCCGCAUCUGUGGGCUGCUGAACGAGAAUGCCUACUGCCUCCUCAAUGACAUCUUCUACGUACAGUUCCCAAUUUCCCAGGAGAUCAAACAGAUGACUCCUCAAAAUAAACAGUUGAUUCUGGAAGAGUUGUUCCUGAAGGUUUUAAAACAAACCGUCGAAGAACAGAGAGUUAUUUUUAUUAUCGAUGGGGCCCAGUUCAUCGAUGUCACCUCAUGGGUCUUCAUGGAGUACCUGGUGGAUAAAGUGCCUCUCUUCAUCAUCAUGUCCCUGUCACCCUUCACGCAGCUCCCCUGCGAGGCGGCUAGAGCCAUCAUCAAAAAAACGGCCACCACCUACAUCUCACUCGGGCCCUUGCAGCCCAAAGAUAUCCACAGAAAGGUGUGCCUGGACCUCAAUGUGUAUGGAAUCCCCAAGGAGCUGAACCUGUACCUGGUGGGGAGCAGCUGUGGGAUCCCUUUCUACUGUGAAGAGCUGCUCAGGUAUCUGGAGCACCACCAAACGCUGCUUUUCUCACCCCUGGAACAGAAGGACAAGAUGCCCACAAACUGGCAGAACCUCUUUAAGAAUAUUCUGAUGUCCAGGGAGGAGCUAAAUCUCAGUAAUGAAAGGGUAAAGAAAGAAGUUUGCAACCUGGCGAGUGGUGUCAUCCUGAAAAAUUUAUCCCUCCCAUCUUCACUGAAAGAAAUCUUCCUGGUGCAACUGGACAACAUGAGCCUGUCGCACCAAAUGCUGGUGCGCUGUGCGGCCAUUGUGGGCCUGAACUUUACCACUAAGCUGCUCUUCGAGAUCCUUCGGCACAGGGACAUGAAUAAGAUGAUCAAGACUUUAGCCGAGCUGGUCCAGUCCAAGGUCUUCAUCUGCUUCCAGGAUGGCAAGAGCCUGCGCCUGGCACUGCAGCAAAACCCAACAUCCACUAAAGUUGACUACUACUCCAUGGCACUGCAGUGGGCCAUGAGUAUCCCCCAGGGAAAGAAGGAAGAACUCCGAAAGCUGGAGAACGAGGUGAAGCAGAGUUACAUUAUCCGCUUCUGCAAGCCAGUGAUGCAGAAGACUGCCUCAGAGUUGUGGCUCAAUGACCAGAGACGCACCAUCCACCUCAAGUGCACCCGCUUCCUACAGAAGGACGCACACCGAUGCAACCACUGCCAGAGCAGGGACUUCGUGCCCUUCCAUCACUACAUUGUUGACAUCUACCUGGACACUGGCAACAUUGAGAGCAUGGCCAAGAGCCACAAUUUACAAACUAAGGAAAAGAAGCUGGACUUUCCUGAGGAGAGCAGCUUCAAGGAUAUCCGAGUCAAGAUUCUGGAGUACUUUGAUGAUGUCAUCGCCAAGAUGAAGACCUCGGAGGACAUGGUGCUCCAGGAGCCAUGCCAGUGUGAGGAGAUACUGGAGCUGAUCAUCCUGCCCCUGGCUGACCACUUCCUGGCUUUGGGGGAAAAUGACAAGGCCUUGUACUACUUCCUGGAAAUUGCUUCUGCCUAUAUCUUCCUCGGGGACAACUACAUGGUAAGCAGAGGCCUCCAACUAUUUGAAACAAAGGGCGAGAGGCAGCUGAAGAUUCUUGAAAAUAAAAAAUCAUCUUUUGAGCUGGCCACUUUCUAUAGCCAGGAAAGGGCCGCCUUCUCCCAGGUCUGCUUCCAUGUGGGCCUGCUCGAACUGGCCAAGAAGAUGCUCCGCAAAGCUCUGAAGCUGCUCAACUGCAUCUUCCCCUCCAACUUGCUCUCGCUCGUCCUGCAGUUACACAUGGAGGAGAGCAGGCACUUCCGAUACAUGACCCAGCAGGCCCAGGACAGCCCGCCUCUCAAGAAGAAGAGGCUGGCCGAGCUAUACCAGCAGAUCAGUUGUCUCUCCCUGCUCUGGCGCAUUUACAGCUUCAACUACUUCUUCCAGGACAAGUACUACUGCAGCCUGGCCAUACUUAUGCAGAUGAACACAGCCCUGGAGACAGGCAAUGACUUCCAGAUAAUCAAGGCCUACCUCGACUACUCGCUGUACCACCAGCUGUCUGGCUACCAGGAGGUAUGGUACAAAUACGAAGUGAUGGCCAUGAAUCUGUUGUACAUGCCUCCCUUAAGAGGGGAGAACCUGGAGAUUGUGGCCUACAUGGCCUAUAAGCUCAGCUACAUCAAGUUUCUCAUGGGCCACCUGGACUUGGCCAUUGACAUGGGCCAAAGAGCCCGCAAGAUGUGGGCACGGAUUCGGAACCAGGAUAGAUACUGCCACGUCCUGUAUUGGCUCAGCCGGUGUUUCUUCAUGAAAAACAGUCUCAAACAGCUGAUGCAGAUGCUGGACCGGCUGUGGGACCUUUCAGUGGCAGAGGAACACAUCUACAGCCAAGCCAUCUUCUACUUUAUCUGCUUGGACAUCAUGCUGUAUUCAGGCUUCAUUUAUAGAAGCUUCGAGGAGUGCCUGAACUUCGUCUUGCAGAAUGAAGACAACGACAUCCUCAAGUACCAGAGUGGAAUCCUCCUGGCUCUUUACUCGUGCAUUGCACUCUGGUAUGGCCGGCUGCAGGACUGGGGACAAAAUUCAACAUUGGUUCUCCCUGAACGGGCUAAGCACCUGUGUCCCAGGAAGACGCCCACAGCCAUCUAUUGCCAGGGCAUGAGCCCGCUACCCUGGAGAUCCAGCGCCCUUUUACCUGCAGCACAUGAUCCAGCAGCAGAUGGAGGGAAUGCACAGGACAGUGGCGUGAAGCUCCUUAAGUCUCUAGAGUUGCUGGUCACCCAAGCACUGCCACCGGGCCCGUCUUUUACCCCACGACUGUACCACCUCAUGUCAUACGUUUGCAUCCUCCUGGGCGACGAGUGAGCACUGUGAGCUCUUCUUCAGCACGCCAUGACCUUCACCGAGGCUCAGGGCAACAUGCUAGAGAAGUGCUGGAUGACCAUGAACAAGGAUUGGUGGUGCUCCAGCUCCAAGGUAGCCACAGACCAGUGGCACCAGAUCGUUCAGAACCUCCCAUCCUGGAGGAUGAUCAUGGAAGACAAAGUGACCCUCGAGGAUGUGCAGAAGAACAAGUUCCAUUUGCGAGUCAAUAUCCUGGAUAACCCUUUCUAAGUCUGUGUCCUGAACCACCUCCUUCACUGACUGGACCACCUCUCCCAAGUCAGUAGGUUGAUCAUCAUCUAAGGCAGUCUUGGACAACCUCUUUCAUUUACUGGGCCCAAAAACCCUUUCUAAUUCGGCAAUUAUGCAGAAAUAAAGACACCGUCUGCCUGA